AUGCUCAGAAUAGCUUGUGUCAUAAUGAAAUUCAAUUCAAUUCAAAGACUGACUGAAGCUAUUUUACCGCGGACUCUUCAUCGAGGGAGACACAAAAUGACACGCAUUUCGUUUUUCACUUCGUUAAUUUCCCUGGUAAACAUCCUAAACGGUUCAAAAAAUUUCCUAUCGUUUCCAGACUUCAAAUUGCGUAAUUACGCAGAAAAAAUUGUCGGGGGAAGACUCAAUGGAAGCACUAUCAAACAGCUGAAUGUGUCAUCAGAAAUGUCUUGCCAAAUUGAAUGUGUGGCAGAUAACCGCUGUUUAUCGUACAACUUAAUUCCGAUUACAGGCAUGGAUGUAUUAAUCUGUGAGCUCAGUGACUCUGAUAGAUUUGUUGGGUAUCAGAAUUUUACAAGACAAGUUGGGGGCAUCUACAGAGGAUUAGAGGUAAAAAUAACCGAGAAGCUAAAUUCAAUGUUUAAUAAUUUAUUUCGGAUUUAGAUCUAAUUUUAAUAAGGUAUGCUGGUAGUGAAGCAAAUUCUUGUAAUAUGAAACGAAAAACAGUGAAUUAUUGCGAGGCGUCAUAAAGCUCUCUUUAAGGUAGCAUAUUACAUUAUCGCAUAUUUAUAUUUUCGAUUCGUUAUUGCCUAUUCACAUAAAAAAGAAUUUUUCUUGUGCGCAAUAUUGUUAUAAUCGAGUACUUGCCAAUAAAUAUGUAACUAUUUAUUUUUCAGAGUAUCUGUGAAAGAGAAUCACCGUGUAUAAACGAUGAAGUGUGUAUUCCUGAUUAUGAAGAUGACGCUAAGCAUUCCUGCAAAUGUAUCGGUUGGUAAACAAACCAAAAAAUAAAUUAAUGCUUCGCCCCCUGCCGCCCCACAAAAUCAAUCGUGACAUAUCAUGAUUCUUGUUUCGCAAACUGUUGUUUACCCUUAAAGACCUUAACUCAAAUGAUAAUCUCUGAGGAGCGAGAAAGUUUCUGUCAGUACUAAGGCAAAAAUGUUUCCAGAACUCAGUUUAACGGGAUCAAUGUUAUCGAUUUAUUGUUAUAAAACCCCGUCAUAUAAUCAUCGUCAUCUUCGUUUAAUUAUUUAUUUAUUUAUUUACAUAUCACCUUCAUCAUAUUUAUUUAGUCAUUUAUUUAUUUAUUUAUUUGGCUUAGCCCAUGAUGUAAAUGGUUAACUAAAGCAGUGAUGUACAUUUUUUUAAUACAUAAUAGUUCGUGUAAUUUAAGUCUAUAUCUUCUUUGGAGUAAGAAAACCGAACUGAUGAGAAAAAAGGCCUCACUGGACACCAGGAUUAGUGUGACGUAAUUCCUUCAAGUUGCGCGCGAAAGUUCACGGCGGCUGCCGGUUAACAUUUGAAGAAAUUGCGCAAGAUGUGAAAUGGCGUAAGCCAUCGAGUGAAGAAAACAGUGCGGUCAUCCUACUGGGUUUUUUUUAUUCAAGCUGCGGUGAGCUAGACACAUUUCAAACUUUAUUUCUAAUUCGUUUUGGAAAGAAAACAGUUGGUACCGUUCUGAGGCAUCGCCAGAAAUUGUUAUGAUCUCUUAUAUGCACAGACAUUGUCGUAUCGAAAGAUUUUUGAAAUAUGGACAGGAAAGAAGCAGCGGCCUUUCAAGUUUGAAACAACCAAGAAAGUUGGAAGUUCAAAACAUUUAUAUUUUUAAACAUGGAUUGGUGGUAGUCGACUCAGGCACGUAGGGCCAGCUGUGGUACCACGGUUUGAAACGUGCGGAAAGAGAGUCGAAAAGAGUUUCAAAACCUGAUGUUUCAACCAGCAAUAGCCCAUAGUCAGAGAGAAUCGUUCGCUUUGACUAGCAUAAGUAUCAGCAGGUGUUUCUAGGAAAAAGGGGAAAGAGCUGGGAGAAGAGACCAGUGGAGACAGCGAAGGGAUAAAAACAAAAAUCUCCUCUAUUCUCACCCCUAGGGAGGGCCUGAUACUCAAGCUACCCUCCGACGGUUGGCUUUAUAUUGUUCGAAAUGUCAGGUUUUCAAGCUGUUUAACGUGGUAAUUGACUUACUAGUAGUCAAACUGCAUUUCAUCUGUAGUUUUCUUCAGUUUGAUCAACGGAUUCAAGCAAUGAUCUUUCCCGUUGCAAACUCUGAAGCAGAUUUUCGUGAAACGAGCCAUCUCGCCUUAACUAUCCCUACCCUUUAUUACUUAAGGCCUCAAACAAUGUUUUUCCAAUUCAGAAUGCCCAAGACAUUGUCAAGACCUUUACUUAAAGGGUUCCACGACUGAUGGAGUGUACUUGGUUUACCCUGACAACGGAGAAGCCAUUCAAGUGCUGUGCGACAUGACAACUGAAGGCGGUGGAUGGACAGUCUUUCAAAGACGAAUGGAUGGAUCAGUUGACUUCUACUUGGGAUGGGAAGACUACAGAGUGGGAUUUGGAAAUUUGAACGGGGAGUUCUGGCUAGGGAAUAAUAAUCUUCACCGUCUGACUGCAAAUGUCAAUAUGAUGCUCCGAGUUGAUUUGGAGGAUUACGAUGGUGUGCGAAAAUAUGCCGAGUACACGACAGUCUCUGUAGCUGACGCGAACGACAACUAUCGACUGACGAUUGACGGAUAUCAGGGCACCGCGGGGGAUUCGAUGGUCGUGUGUGGUAGGCCAGCUAAGUACGUAAUAGCAAAACAGUUAACAAUCACUGUUUUCAGAUAAAGCUAAUUAAAAUAAGAAGAAUUAUGCGUAUCGAUGGGGAGGAUAUGAAAAAUUACGCAUAUCGAUUGUGGAGGGGGUGGUUGUUAAUUCUGCCGAAACCGACUGAAGCGGAUAACUCCCGCCUCGAUCUUCAUAACUUUAUAUCACGAGAAGGCCGUAUUUUAUCAGAAUUGUUCCAUUAUUCACUUAAAGUAUUUCCAAGCUCAUAAAGUAUCAUUACCCUUGUGUAGACUAUUUCCUUCCAAACAUUUUCUAAAUACACGGUAUUUCAGUAUGCGAAAAGAUAUUUGUUUCGUUCCUUGCACUUGUUCAUUCGGAACAAGUCGACAUUGUUCGAUUGGCUAUUUGUAUUUUCAUGCAAGUUUUUUCUUUUUUCUUUCUCGCUAGGUGUUCGAAACCUUUGACGUUUUGUCAAAUUUUGCACUGCCAAAACAACUGUGCCAGCGCGCCGCUGUCUUUGCUUGACCUUCCAUAAUAUUUAGUAGUUAUUGAAUAAGGCUGAGUGUGAUCUGAAGAGAGAGAUGGAGAUCAAGAAGGGUUGGGCCUCAGGGGAUAACACCCUCCUAGAUCUGUAUAAUUCUUCAGUUCUUACGAAAGUCAAAUCCAAUAAUUGUUUUAUUCAUUCAAAAUAACACCUAGUUUAAAAAAGCUAAAACGUGCUGGAUCGACGCUAAGUUUCCGUCUUCAUUUGAGUGUUUCUCUGAGAGAGAUGUUUACUCUUAGCAGAUAUUCUUCAAAUAGCAGAUGUCAUCCGUCGAGAUGUGUUCUUGCUAUGUUUUUCGGCAGUAGUUCGGAUAUUUUUUUUGGACGAAAUACGGCAAAUGUUAUUCCACCAUUUUUUACUACCCUACCCAAACAACGCAACCUCGUUACCGGAGCUCCUCGGUUGCAGUCCCUUUUCUAGCGAUUACCCUGUACUAUUGACGUCAUUUUCCGUAUGUCGCAAACUCCAAAUUUGGUCAACACUAGCUGGUUAUAAAAAAAAAUAGCGGUGAGAUAUGAGCCAAUCAGAAGUGGAGACAUAUUUUGAGUGAAUAAUGACUGCUAUUAUUGGUCGAUUGAAAUAAAUCUUGCUGAGUUGGUCAGCCUUUUGCUAAUUACAAAAAAAUUAACGGAAGAAUUAUAAGCAAUUCAGAAACGGCAAAAUAUUUGAAUGAACGAUAGUGUAUUAAUUGGGAAAAAUUUUCAAUAAGCUAUGAACUUGUUUAAAUUUGUAUCAAACUCCUUUUAUUGUUUAGAAAUAUGAUGUUCACGACCCAAGAUCGAGACAACGAUGUUCAUGGCUCAAACUGUGCGGUGAAGUAUACAGGAGCUUGGUGGUAUAACUACUGUCAUUGCGCAAAUCUAAAUGGUUUAUACCAGGGCGGUGGACAUGCACAAGGAGUCGUUUGGAGUUCUUGGAGAGGCUUAGACUAUUCUUUAAAAAUAGCAGAGAUGAAAGUUCGACCCAAGACAGCGUAG